AUGGCGGACAGCGAGUUCUCCCCCAAGUUCGCUCCGUUCUUUUCUUUCGCAGGUAUUGCGGCAGCUAUGAUCUUCGGAUCAAUGGGAGCCGCAUACGGAACGGCGAAGUCAGGAAUUGGUAUCUCCGGAGUGGGAACCUUCAGGCCGGACCUGAUCAUGAAGUCCUUGAUUCCCGUUGUCAUGUCCGGUAUUAUCGCAGUUUACGGCCUCGUCAUCUCGGUCCUCAUCGCCGGUGACAUGGAUCCUCCCCCGAACAAGCAUAUGAGCCUUUACACUGGCUUCAUGCACCUUGCUGCGGGGUUGUCGGUUGGCCUCGCAGGCGUGGCUGCCGGUUAUACUAUUGGUGUUGUCGGAGAUGCGGGUGUUCGUGCGUACAUGCAACAAUCUCGUGUUUAUGUCGGUAUGAUUCUUAUCUUGAUUUUUGGCGAGGUUCUUGGUCUCUACGGAUUGAUUGUUGGCUUGAUUCUCAACUCCAAAAGCUCUGGCUGA